AUGGCUCUGCAGCAGGCAAUGGUGGGGACAGCAGCAAAAGAGAAGAUUGAGAAACUGUUUGAGAAAGGCGAUGAUCAUCGUGUUUCAGCCUCGGCGUACGACACCGCAUGGGUGGCAAUGGUUCCAUCUCCCAACAACAAGCCGUCGUCUCCGCAGUUCCCUGGGUGCCUCAACUGGAUACUCCACAACCAGCACAAGGACGGCUCUUGGGGGAUUCACCCUAAUUUGCUCCGGAACCGGAAGGACGCACUCUCCUCCACUUUAGCUUGCGUCCUCGCCCUCAAGCGCUGGGGCAUUGGUAACCAACAUGUCCACAAUGCGCUCGGAUUUAUGGAGCGGCAGUCGGGUUGUCUGCGGGAUUCGAGCCAGCAAAACCCCAUCGGGUUCGACGUGAUAUUCCCGGCAAUGGUUGAGGCCGCUGCCGUGGAUUUCGAUCUCAGUCUCCCACUGGACGCCGGAGUCGUAGACCCUAUGCUUCGGAAAAGGGACGACUGGUUGCGAAUGAUGGCGACUUCUUCUUCGUGUUCCAAGGGACACAACGCCUACCUGGCGUACAUCUCGGAAGGGAUGGGGAAUUCCCGACGCCACUGGCAGACUGCGCUCAGUUUCCAGCGGAGCAACGGCUCUCUUCUCAACUCGCCCUCCGCAACCGCCGCCGCCUUCAUUCACCUCCGCGAUUCCAACUCCCUCCAUUAUCUUGCAUCAAUAUUUGAUGAUGAUCAUCAUCUCCUUCUCCCCGCCGCCGGAGUCGCAGCAGUUCCAACCAGUUACCCACAUCAAGUUCAAACUCGGCUGAGCCUGAUUGAUGGAAUUCGGAAUCUGGGAAUUCAACACCACUUCCGUGACCAAAUCAAGCGGGGUUUGGAUGAGAUCUAUACAUGCUGGAUGCAGGGAGACGAGGAUAUAUUCUUGGAUCCCACAAAUUGUGCCAUGGCAUUCAGGAUACUCCGACUCAACGGAUACCCAGUUUUCCCUGACGUGUUUAGUCGAUUUACAGAAGAUCGGUUCUGGAAGGAAACGAUGGAAGGAUAUUUGGAAGAUGAGAAGGCCGUGUUGGAGCUAUAUAAGGCCUCCAGAGUUAUCCUCCCUGGAGAAACAAUUCUGGAACACCAACAGCUAUGGACAAAAGAAUUCUUGAUACAGUUGCGUGGGGAUCAAGAAUCAACUCAUCAUUAUUCUAAUAGGCCCAAACCACACAAAUCGGUCAUCACUGAGGUGAAUAAUGUUCUUACUUAUCCAUUUCAAGCUGAUUUGGAAUCCUUGGCUCGAAAAAGAACCAUUGAACAAUACUCUACUGAUACAACGAGGAUUCUCAAGUCCUCCUUCAGUUCUCCAUACUUUGGCGGCCACGAUUUUCUGACAUUAGCGUCCGAUGAUUUCACAUCUCUCCAAUUGCUAUAUCGUGAAGAACUUGGGAAUCUAAUGUUGUGGCUUAAAGAGAAAAGGUUGGAUGAGCUUAAGCUGGCGAAACCGAAAAUGAGCUAUGGUUACUUCCAUGCUCUAGCCGUGUUCAGCGACCCCGACCACUCUGAUGCACGUAGUAUAUUUUGCAAACAUGCUAGUCUUGUGGGUCUUAUUGAUGACUUAUUUGACAUUUAUGGGACACAUGAAGAGCAUUUGAAUUUGGUCCAUCUUCUCCAGAGGUGGGACCCCGUCGGACCGAAGGUAAAGUUCUCCUCCGAGCGAGUUGAAACAUUGUAUUGGGCACUUCACUCCACGAUUUGUGAGACGGCGGAGAAAGCACUCCCAGUGCACGGCCAAAGUAGUUCAAAAAUUAUGGAUCAUGUCGUGGAGCUUUGGGUAGGUUUGUUGAAAGGAAUGGUGCAAGAAACAGAAUGGUCCAGAACCAAGACCGUCCCAACACUUGAGCAGUACAUGACAACCGCCUCCAUCACGAUUGCUUUGGGACCAAUCUUCCUCCCUGCUCUCUACUGUGCAGGUGAUGAGCUGUCCGAAGAGGUCAUCAGAAGUGCACAGUUUCAGAAGUUACUCCACCAUACCUCCACUUGCGGCCGUUUACUAAAUGACUCUAGAGGCUUUCAGAGAGAAGCUGCAGAAGGGAAACCGAAUGCUGUGUCUUUGCGUAUGAGUUGUCGAAGUAGUAGUAGCGCUGAAGCUGAAGAAGCAGCCAUGGAAGAGAUCGAAAGCUUGAUAGAGGACCUGACACGACAAGUUUUGAGGAUGGCGUUGGAUGAAGAGACCUGCAGCCCAACCCCAGGGAUUCCAGCAUCGGUCAGGUAUAUGUUCUGGGAAACGAUGAAGAGCUUUCACUUGCUCUACAUGAAGGAGGAUUUAUUCAACUCCACUAAAUUCGCCAAAGUCGUACGAUCUUUUAUUGACGACCCAAUCGCAUCAGCACAAGGAAUGAACUCAAGUGAGCAGCUAUGUAUCCCUUCAGUGCCAAAUAACAAGAAACUAUUUGAAGGUCAGGUAAAAUGUGAUCCGGUAACAGCAGUACUACAAGAAGAAAACAACCACCUUUUUUCCAGGACUCGUCAGAUGAAGCACAGACAAGUGGAUAAAUUUUACCUGUGA